UUGUAACCAUGACUGCCUUACCAAUAACCCUGGUUGUUUUAUGCGGGACCGCGGUUUGUGUGUUCGGAAAUUCGCAAAUGGGUGAUAAAGCUUUAUCACAGUCCCUCCUGUGGUCGCAACUAAAGCGGAUGUCCACAGCACCGCUUGCACAGUCAUCGGGAGGGAUAUCGUCUUUUGACAGGAACGGCGAGCCAGAUGUCGGGAAAAGAGGAUUUGAUUCUAUUGGACACAGCAACCAUUUUGGAAGCUCGUCACGUGGUAUGGGAAGAAACACUUCCGGUGAUGGCGACAGCCUCGUUUACACCUUCGAGUCUCUAUUUCCGGCUAUUGCCAGGCAGUUGAGAAGCCGGGGGCAAUGAAAUGUGUGUAGUACUUUGAACUGAUCGUCACGGAAACACUCUGGUCAAACAAGCUGGAAAGUUGACAAAUGCAACGAUUUCAUAUUAAAACGCUUAGUACACUUGCGUGUAUGACCGGACCUAUCAACAUACAUAGUAUUGAAUCAGCGUAUAUAAAGCGUACGAUAUGUAACAUAUCUAUGUCUACGAGGAAAUGUGGUGUAUUGUGAGAACUUGAAUAAAUAUUCUCGACCAUU